AACUUGUGCAUGGGUUCCGUGUUCGGAAGCACUCGUCAUGUUGUCACAACCCACCCGAACCUACACUUCGCUGGUUACACAAGCCAAACUGCUCAUCUCCAAUGCCAUGAAGAUGAAGCUGAACACGAAGAACAGUUCACCUGCUAUUCUGUACCACUAUCCUUGUCCCGAUGGCGUUUUUGCUGCUCUCGCCGCACACCUCUUCUUCAAAGCCACUUCCUUAUCCUCUCCUCUCUUCUUUCCCAACACUGUCUAUCGCCCUCUCAGACCUGAUGAUCUUCCCCUCCAUGAAAUAAGCGAUCUUUACCUGUUAGAUUUUGUGGGGCCCCCUGGAUUUGUUCAGGAAAUUGCCACCAAGGUCCCAAGAGUGAUUGUUUUGGACCAUCACAAAACUGCGCUUGAGAGUUUAGGUAGUGAGAGUUCACUUGGUGAGAAUGUGAUUAAGGUCAUUGACAUGGAGAGGAGUGGGGCUACUAUUGCUUUUGACUACUUCAAAGAGAAGCUUUUGAGUCCUGAUGAUGAUGAUGGUGUUGUGGUUAGCCAGCCUUCGGUGCUUGAUGAAUUUGAACGUGUCAGACAACUUUUUAAGUACAUUGAAGAUGGGGACCUUUGGAGGUGGAGGCUCCAGAAAAGCAAAGCUUUUAGCAGUGGUUUGAAGGAUUUGAACAUUGAAUUCAAUGCCCAGAUAAACCCUUCUGUGUUUGACCAGUUGCUUUCAUUGGACUUGGAUUCUGUUAUUAGUCAAGGCGUGGUAAGCAUAUCACACAAACAAAAAUUAAUUGAUGAUUGUCUUAGCAAGUCAUAUGAAAUCGCCCUUGGAAAUGGUGCAUAUGGUCAUUGCCUGGCUGUUGAUGCAGAUACUGCUCUUUCACAGUUAAGGAGUGAAUUGGGACAUCAGUUAGCUACUAAAAGCCAGAAACUGAAGUUGAGGGGUAUUGGAGCUGUUGUAUAUAAAGUUCCCGAGCUUGAAAAUGAUCAGAAGCUAAAAAUAAGUCUAAGGAGUGUGGACAAUGAAGAUACAACGCCCAUCUCUCAGGAAUUUGGAGGUGGUGGACAUCGAAACGCCAGCUCUUUCAUGUUAAUGUGUGAAGAAUUUGAGCAAUGGAAGGUGUGACUGGAUGUCUUUUAUUUAACAUGAGGAGAUGAAACAAGGCUUACACUUAUCUUUUCUGUAUGCUGGUCCAAUUUGGACCAGUUACUUACAAAGCCAUGUGAAUGUUUAGGUAUCCCUCUCAAUAACUGUAUUAUACAAUUCUUUUAGCUAUUUAUUGUAGUUGUUAAUUUCGUUGUAAUUCAAAAUAAUGUUAAGUCUCUUUACUCAACUGAAGAUUUCUAAUAAUGUAUGGUCUAUUGGACUAUUUCUGA